AUGUUUGACCUCUUCGGCUUCGGGAGCGGCAGAGCCAGUCGAGAUGAGAUGCCAGCUGAGCCGCUGCCACCGCUCCAAGCUGCGGUAAAUGCCGAUGCUGUGGAUACUGUUCGUGAUUUAGCGUCCACAGCAGACGCUGCCGAUCUCAUUGCGGCUCUUUGUCGAUCUUGCCAGCUGGGAAAGACUGCAGUUGCCCAGACUUUGAUUGAGUCUGGUCGAUGCGAUCUCAAUGCAACCGCGGAUGGCGAUACACCGUUGUUUCUGGCUGCCAGGAGUCUUGAGCCUGCGAUUGUCAAGCUUUUGCUUCAACAUGGUGCUGAUGUCACCAUCAACUCUCUGAACAAUCCUAGGAGUCCAGUACCUACGGAAGAGGCCCCGGCAUAUACGCCUCUUCAUGGAGUGGUGGAUGAAUUGCAUCGUCAUCGAGGGGAGGAAGACACACCUCGUCUCAAAGAGAUGAUGCAGUUGCUAUUGGAUGCUGGAUGCGAUGUCAACGCACAGAAUCGGAACGGCGAGACAGUACUUCUAUCCUGUCUCCACCAAGAAGUGGCACUCGUCCAGUUUCUGCUUGAGCACGGCGCCGACCCAAAUAUCGUGACCAAGCGUGGUACCACCACCAUGUCAUAUUUUCAUCAUCCUCUGCAAUACCCAGAAUGGUUCAAGGCUCUCAUGGAGCAUGGUGCCCGUUUGGACAUUGGAGUGGAUAGUGAAAAUGGGACUUGUUUACACGCCUUUGCGUCCAAGUGCCAACUUGGAGACCUAUCCUUGUUCAAACCUUAUGUCUCUGAUUGGAAGUUCACUGACGCCAACGGCAACACACUGCUCCAUCUCGCCACCAAAGUGCAUUGUCGUGGGAGCCCAACCGUGACCGAACUUAUGAAGGUUGGCCUAGAUGUGAAUCAAAGGAACCACGCGGGAAAGCAAGCAAUUCAUGUGGUCAACGGUUCGGGUGAACACCUGCAGGCUAUUUUGGAGAUCCUUUGUGCGGCUGGUACAAACAUUGACGCCAAAGACUAUGCUGGACGUACACUGCUCACAGGAGCCAUAUACGAUCACCCGCGUUUCAAUGCUCGUGAACUAAUUCCCGAGCUUAUUGCACGUGGGGCCAAUAUCAAUACGCAGGACCACAAAGGCAAUGGCAUUCUAUUCUACUUGAUUGAGCCAUAUACAUUUCAAUCUGAGUACGUGGAAUUCUUACUGGAGCAAGGAGCGGAUCCAGCUAUGGUUAAUUACCAAGGUGAUACAUUUCUCCACAAGAUGGCAGCCAAUUUAUUCGGGCUGGACUCGGACACAGCUAUCCUGAACAUGAUCAAACUUCUUGAAACGGGGCCAAACGCCGCUACAUGUGCUGUGCAGCCAUGUUUCAGAUCACCUUUUGCGGCAUCCAACGAUGGUGAUAAAUAUGCCAUCGACCUUCUUUUUGAUGCCGGUCUUCGGGAAGCACUGAAUGUUUCCGACCACCAGGGGAUUCGUCCUAUCCAUCUAGCAGCUUCAGUCUCGGAGAUUUUAGUUGGCAGACUUAUCUCCCACGGAGCGGAUACUACUGCUACCACCAAAGAUGGGCGAAAUCUGUUGCACAUUGCGUCCAUGGCCCGCCAAAGCAACACUGUUGGAAUGCUGUUGGAUCAUUAUGCCCCCGAAGUUUUGACAUCUUUGGUCAAUGCCCAGUCAGAAGAUGGCCGAACACCCCUGCACUUGGCAUGUCUCUCUGGAAGAAUAGAGACAGUCAGGCUUCUCCUCGCACAUGGGGCAAAUAUUCAUCUUGAAGACAAGAAGAAAUGGCUCCCCUUGGAUAUCUGCGCUUUGUCACUUGCUGAGGACCAGCUUUGGCAGAAGGCUGACGACCAAGGGAACUUGUUUAAUACAGUCUCUGCAGCUGGAAUUUUGGCUAGCGACCAUGAGAGACCGAAGGUACCCGCUCGAAAAAACCAAAAGCGUAAGGAUCACAAGAGCUUUGGAUGGAAGGGAGAGAUUACCUCUGAAAGCGCUACGCUUGGAGUGGGGCGGAUCGUUCGAUUGCUGGCACAGCAUGGCGCUUUGGUGCCGAAGGAUCAGAAGAGGCAUCGGGUUAGCCCCUUAUUUCAUGCGGUAUCAGAGGGAAAUGAGGAGAUGGCCACAGAACUUAACAGAUCGUCUAAGGAACUGGGAAUUGAACUUGAAAAACAUCGGUCUCUCGAUACCGACCGUUGUUUGCUGCGCUCGCAGCAUAUCCCAGCGCUCUUCAGGGAGCGGUUCAAGUCUUUUAUCUCCGACAAAGACAUUGUGGAGAUGGUACUCCUAGGCCACGAUCAAGAGGUGGUACAGGCUUUGGAGGAGAAUUUAAACACCAUCGAAAACAAGUCUUCCCUUCAGCCAGUCCUGAUCUUGCUUGCAAGAUGGGGAUACCCGGAACUUUUCGAGCAAAUUGGACGCCUCAUGUUGGACGUGGACCCUGAAUGGAUCAACAAGAGUGGCAGGGUAUUUUUGGGAAGCGGUGAUAUGGCUCCGUCUCUUUUGGCUGCUGCUCAGCGUGCCCUUCCAAACCUGGAAGUAAUCAAGGUCAUCGUUGAAAAUUUCCAUGCGGAUGUCAAUAUUCGAUUCCAAGCAGGCAUGGGAGUGACGCCAAAGGUCUACUUCCAAUCCACAAUGGCUCAAAGGAGACAGUUCAAGCCAGGUGAUACAGUUCUUCAUUACUUGGCUCAGGGUAUACAUUGGUGGCACGAAAAGGCUAUUGAAUACCUUAUUCAGCACGGUGCCGAUCCCAACGCCCGUAACGCCCAGGGCAAGACUCCUCUUUGUGUGGCAGUGAACCAAGGUGAACUAGCAGGCCAUCGACAGAAAGAAAUUGUUCAAACCUUGCUUGAUGGCGGAGCCGACCCCAAUCUCACUGCGACAUGUGGCUUUACACCGCUUGCAAUGUCGACUCACAGCCCUCAGUUGUUCCAAAUCCUGAUUGACAAUGGAGCCUAUCCAUCCGAGGAUCAUCCCAUGGAAUUGUUCUCAGCACUGUCUAACUUCAAAGAUGAUGUGGUCACUGCUCUCCUGGGAAUGGACCUCGACGCAAACACGACAGGUUUAUCCGAUGCUCUGCCACACUGGCACACCCCUCGGAUCGCAAAGAUCUCUCAGAGUCAAGGAACUGUCCUGCAUCCUCUUGAAUACAUUUCCAUGAUGCCUUUCAAUGAGCCCCACAGUCAAUACCACUCAAUCCGAAUGGUUCGUCUUUUGCUGGAGCAUGGAGCGGAUCCAUUCUUCCACACUAGUGAAGACACCCUUAUCCUGCACGAGAUCUUUUCUGGUGGAGGAAUAAUCAAACCGUGGCUUGAAAUGCCUGACCUUGACCUCGAACGACGUGACCCUCGUGGACGGACAUUACUACUGGCUGCUGCAAGGUCCACAUUUGGUACAAAUUCAUAUGCAUGCACAGUGCCUCUCUUUCCGCACAGAGGUGGACGCAUUCAAACGAACUCAUGGCAGGAGGGUGACCCAACACGUGCCAUGUUCCUGUAUGAGCGUGGUGCAAAUCUUACUGCAGUGGACAAUAAUGGAAAUAACGUCCUGCAUUUUUUGGCCCGCCUUGAGAAAAAUGACAAGUUUGCUCAAGAGGAAUUCCGGCGAACGAUGAACUUGUUCGUGGAGAAGGCUCCUGAGCUUGUGGAUCAGGUUAACUCUCUUGGUCAGACCCCAGUGUCAAUUGCCCGAGGUUGUGGUACUGAAUGGGCUGUGGAAAUCUUGGAGAAGGUGUCUAUGGAUGAAGAAUAA